GCCCGGGAAGCGCAAUUCCGCGCGGAGGGCUGCGGGCGCCGUGUGGGCAUCCCCGGGAGGCGGGCCGGGUCAGUCCCCCGCGCCGAAGCCGGGCGCGGGCCGGGCCUCGGAGGGCCGUUCUGCCUCCGCCCAGGCGGCGGGGCCGGGCAGGGGGCCUGCGGAGGCCGAGCUCGGCGGGAGGCACUGGCUCAGGUGAGGGCGGCACAGCGGCGCUCCCAGGCGAAAUGCUGCCAGGUGGGAAUUCAGGGGUCAGCCUCCGAGGCCCCGCGUCGCGUUUCUGGAGUCGCCACCAGCACCUCUCCCUGCCGGGAGAAUCAGCGUGAAGAAGCCCCUUCCUCCUUGGAGCCCUCUUUCCCCAGCGUUUCUACUGGGAAACCCAUUGCUGAUCUUCGCCUGGGACCUUCAGGGGCCGACGAGUGGGAUUGCUGGAGCGGAACUACCAAGCAGAAGCAGGCAUUGCACUGUCAGUUGUCAUCAGGUUUGCAAUCAGAUUGGAAAAGCUGAACUUGAAGCUUCCUGCCUGCAGUGAGGCCGAGAGAGACCUACUGCUCGCAUAAUAAAAGACAUGAGCUUCAACGUGACUCUCCACCUUUCCUAUAAAUUCCGAUUACUGUUGCUCUUUACUUUAUGCCUGACGGUGGUUGGGUGGGCCACCAGUAACUACUUUGUGGGUGCUAUUCAAGAGAUUUCUAAAGCAAAGGAUCUCAUGGCUAGUUUGAACAAGGGUGUAGUUUUGGGGAAGAAAGGAACUGUGACAGAGGAAGCCUCUGUGAAAAAAGCAGACCUUAACAACUGCUCUUCUGUGUCUCCACACCUCAAAGGCCAGAACAAGCUCGUUUUCAAACCAGAUCUCACUCUGGAAGAAGUACAGGCAGAAAACCCCAAGGUGCACAGAGGCCGGUAUCACCCUGAGGAAUGCAGGGCUUUGCAGCGGGUCGCCAUCCUCAUCCCUCACCGGCACAGAGAGAAGCACCUGCUGUACCUGCUAGAACACCUUCACCCCUUCCUGCAGAGGCAGCAGCUGGAGUAUGGCAUCUACGUCAUCCACCAGGCUGGAAGUAACAAGUUUAAUCGCGCCAAACUCCUGAAUGUGGGCUAUAUAGAAGCUCUCAAGGAUGAAAUUUGGGACUGCUUCAUAUUCCAUGAUGUGGACCUGGUGCCCGAGAACGAUUUGAACCUUUACAAGUGUGAGGAUCAGCCCAGGCAUCUGGUGGUUGGCAGGAACAGCACUGGGUACAGGUUGCGUUACAGUGGGUAUUUUGGGGGUGUUACCGCCCUAAGCCGAGAGCAGUUUUUCAAGGUGAAUGGAUUCUCUAACAACUACUGGGGAUGGGGAGGCGAAGACGAUGACCUCAGACUCAGGGUUGAGCUUCAUAGAAUGAAAAUAACCCGGCCACUGCCUGAAGUGGGUAAAUAUACUAUGAUCUUCCACAAGAGAGACCAAGGCAAUGAGGUGAAUAUAGAACGGAUGAAGCUCUUACAUCAGGUGUCACGUGUCUGGAGAACGGAUGGGUUGAGCAGUUGUGAUUAUAAAUUACUCUCUGUGGAUUACAAUCCUUUAUAUGUCAACAUCACAGUGGAUUUCUGGUCUGGCCCAUGACCCUGGCUCUUCUGCUGACAUUUGGAGGAACUGAAUAUUUGAUUGCAAUAAUUUUGGCCUAGAGACUUCCCCUAGUAGCACACAUUAAGAACUUGUUGCAGCCAAUUAUUGAGCUGAUUCUCCCUCUUUCAUAUUUUCUUAGCAGAACUCCUGGUGAUAUGGAAUGUAAAACAAUUGUUUUGAUCAUGAGGGUUAAAUAUUGUAAUGUAGAUACUUGAAGGACUAAGUAUAAAAGGACCACUCAGAAGAUGCCAUGAAGGCUAUUUGAGAACUCUGAUUGAAGGAGAUUUAUUUAAGUUUGAAGUGACACAUAUUUUCUGGGAUAAAAAAUGCCACAGGAGAUAAGAUUGCUGAAUGUCCCAGAGAACCAGGAAAGGGUUGAAGAUAUAUUUCUGUUACUCAUUUAUCCUGCAUGGUCAUCUGGGAAGAGGCGGGUCCCGGGUGAGAUGAAGGCCGAAGAAGAGGGGAGAAAGGUGAAGAAUGAAGAUGCCGCGAACUUGGGACCGAAGAGGUGGCAGAAGGACCGCAUCAGGCGGAGAGCAGCUGCGGUGGUUGUACUGUUGCUAUGGCUGCUGCCCUGUGGCAGGUGUCACCUGCCCAGAUACGCCUUCCAGUAACAUUUUAUCUACUAGUUUUUAGAACAUUUUUGUAAAAUGAUUUUGUACGUGUAGGAUAUGAAGUAGCAGUUUACAAAUUACAUAUUAACUAAUAAUACAUCAGAAGUACCUCUGUAGUAAAAUAUGAAAAAGC